AGAAUUUAUUUUUAAACUAUUUUUAUUGGAUUCAAUGAGGGGGAGGCAUUUUCUUAUUUAUGAAUACUAUCUUAAGUAAAUGAUAUUUGACAUAAAUAAGCGCUGUGCCUUGCAGUAAGGCGACAGUCGCCCAUACUCCAACUAGGCCGCUUGGAUGCCUUGUGACAACUAUGGUUUCGUUAACUGUGGCUGCGUGGCCUUUGUUUGUGUGCCUCUCUUCUCCCUUUGCCCCGCAAGACAUUCUCCUCCUCCUUCCAUCUUCCUCCUUGCUAAGGUAUGCCAUCAUGAAUGCAACUACUACUUCCAAGCUGUUAUUAUGGUGCUAAUGGUUUCUGUCAAGAAUGCUUGUAAGAAUCGAUGGUUUCUGGGUAAAGAUAAUGAAGAGCUUCUUACCCUGGUUGUGAGUGGCUUCUGUAGCUCGGGCGAUGUGAACAUUGAACCAAGCUCGGAUUUUUCCACCAUUUCAAAAAUUAUGUCCAGGUAUGACUUUUCAUCAAGCUUUGCUCCGUUCUGCAUAUGUAUUUAUAUUUGUUGAAUAUAUAUCAAUUCUCUCCUAGUUAUUCUAUAUUUUUUCUGAGAAAAGAUUUUAUAAAUAGUUGAGCAAUCCACCCAACAAUAGAAAGGCUAGCUGCAACUAAACUAACAAAUCCACCCUAUGCAAAAAAACCAUACAGAAAAGAGGGGCGGUUGGCUCUGAUACCAAAAUGGUCAAAGUUCUAAAAUCCGUACUAACAGAUCCGCAAAAAUUGAUUAGUUCCCUUAUGUUCUCUGUUACUCUGUAUUGCUGUAAGUUAUGUGGUGGAGGGCCAGUUAGGGAAGAAGGGAAAGCUGAGAUGAGACUCAGAGGUGUAGUGGAGAGAGAGGAAUCGCACAA